CAUUAUAUGCCAGCUGGACAGGGACUAUAAUCUGCCUGGAGACCAUCUGCUGAGUUCAUUUCCAAGGAAAAAAUCCAGAAUUCACAGGCCGUGAGCCUCUCCCACUCAUCUCCUGUACAACGACUACAUCAUCAAUUACCUAAGUCAUAAGAAAGCAUACAUUUAUGGCUGAAAAAAGAAAAACUAUUUCCACAACAGAGAAGCUGCCAUUUUGCUUAGCUGCAUGCGCUGCAUGUGGUUGGAGUGGAAGACCAGGCAUCCCAGUGACUCAUGACUUCUGUAUCAAGGCCAGAGAGGGGCAAGGCUAAAGUUUGGAAGCUCUGCUAGGAAGUAGAACACAAUGUUAGAGACAAGACCUUAUUAUCACAUUCAAUCUCAAAAAAUAAGAACAGUAAUAAAGUAAAAGGAUUGGCAUCAAAGAGGAGACUGCUGUAUACUGGUCUAGCUAAAGUGAUAGCAGGGAGGAGAGUAUAACCUAUAAAAGCACAUAAGCAGUAGUGACUGACUCACUCUCAAAGCAGCUGGAUUGCAGAAGGAUUACAGCAAGAGAAGAAGAGCAGACACAGCAACUAAGAAACUGUCAACAGGGGUAACACAAUGAUGGCAAACAGGAUUUAUAAGAAGAACAGUAGAAAUGGCUCGAUUUGUCUUUACUUGGGGAAAAGAGACUUUGUGGACCAUGUGGACCAUGUUGAUAUUGUGGAUGGGGUGCUCAAGGUGGACACUUCAGAACUAGAUGGAAGAAAAGUGUUUGUACAGCUGUCUUGUUUCUUUCACUAUGGUAAGGAAGAUUUGGAUCUGAUCAGUUUGUCCUUCAGGAAAGACAUUUGGAUGCACCACGUUCAAAUUUAUCCUCCACCUGCUGAAGACAAACCAGUUACUACGCCUAUGCAGGAUGUCCUUAUGAAGAAAGCAGAGGAGGGAGCACACCCCUUCACUUUUAAUAUUCCAGCAAAUCUGCCAUGCUCUGUAACUUUUCUGCCAGCAGCAUGGGACAAAGGCAAGGUUUGUGGUGUUGACUUUAAAAUAAAAGCCUACAUUGCCAACGAGGCUGACGAUCCAGAUGAGAAAAUUGACAAGAAGGACACUUGUCAGCUGAUCAUUCGUAAAAUCCAAUUUGCACCAGACAAGUUGCUGCCUGGGCCCGAGGUGAACAUCUACAAGCAAUUCAUGUUUUCGGGAAAAACAAUUCACCUGGAGGCCUCCACAGAGAAGGAGGUUUACAAUCAUGGAGAUCCUAUCCAGGUCAGAGUGAAAAUUAACAACCAGACUAAUAAAGUGAUCAAAAAAAUAAAAAUUUCCAUUGACCAAACAGCAGAUGUUGUGCUCUAUUCAACUGACAAAUACACCAAAGUCGUUCUCUGUGAGGAAUUUCGUGAUCAAGUAAAUGGUCAAACCACAUUUGAGAAGGAAUACAUAGUCACGCCUCUACUGGCCAACAACAAAGAGAAAUAUGGUCUGGCAUUGGACGGCAGGUUAAAAGAUGAAGACACAAACCUUGCAUCAUCCACAAUUCUGCUACCUGGCACAUACAAAGAUGUACAGGGCAUUCUGGUGUCUUACAAAAUCAAAGUCAAACUCAUGGUGGCCAGUGGUGGUGUCUUUGGAAGCCUUAUAUCCAGUUAUGUUACUGCUGAAAUGCCUCUGAUCUUAAUGUCACCCAAGCCAAAAGUUGGUCCAGAUAUCAUGGACUUACCACCAGUGGAAAACAACUGAGGAAAAUUUCCAGUGCCUAGAAAUCAGACAAGAAACUCCAAAUAGGCCUCUCUAGAGCAAAUCAUCACUGAUCAUCAGGCCUUGGUGAUUAUAGUAUAAUGUCACAAAUUUUUUUGUUGUUGUUGUUCCUGCCAUUAACAUGUGAACUCAGUGUGUUUUUGUACAUAAAUUGGUUCUGUAUUAUGUAAAUUAAUAAGAAAUAUACGUAAGCAGUAUUACUUCCCAGUGUCCGAGUGGUUUUCCUCCGGGUUCUCCAGUUUGAGAAGGAAUGGAUGAAUGAAUAAAUUAAUGAAUAUAUACAUAGAAUGUGCAUAUAAUUUCAUUAAAAUUAUAUAUUUAAAAAAUUUUAUUUUGUGACAAAUCUUUUAUCAUAUCCUUAUGGACUCAUUACUAGCUUGAUCAUUUGGUUCAGUUUUUAAAGCAGUAAACUAAAAUAUCUGUCCAUACAGGAUUUCGCUGUGUUUUUUGUGAUUGUUGCAGCCAAAAAUACUUGAUUUUGUGAAGGUUUUCUGCUUUUUUGUGCGGAAAAUUAAUUUAAUUGACAAAAUUGAAAUUAUACAUAAUUGUUAUUAUGUAACUGUCUUUGACAGCAAUGUUUGCUGGUAAAUGAGAUCUUUUAGCUGUACUCUUGUUCAAAUCACAUGAAUCGAAGGGAUUUCAGCUUUGGCUCACGUCACAUGAGGCUUUGUGAUGAUAACACAUGAUGCUCAAAUUUUCAAAAAGUCUGUGGUAAUUUUGAAAAAUUGCAAGUUCUUACAAAUAUUGUGGCGUUUCCUUGAUUUUGCAUUCAUUUCGGCAAUCGCAAAUCAUAAAAUCCUGGAGGGACUGAUAUAUACAAAAUUCGAUUAAGAUAUCUUUACUGAAAUUCUAUAUACUGAAAGAUGCAUAAACAUUAAAAACAAUGUUGAACAACAAUGUUAUACAACUAACUGAUGUAUAAUUAAACACAAUUGUAGUAUGAGCAAUCAUGCUGUUGUCAUAAAUAUCAGCACAGCUGAUACCUGUGUUUACUCAUAAUUACAGCUGAAUCACAGCUGUGCUGAUAUUCAAUACCACAGCACUCUUGCUAUAUCACAUGGUGCAUCUAAAAAAAAUUUAAUAUCGUGGAAAAGCUCAUUUUUUCACGUAAUUUAAUUCAAAACAUAGAACUUUCAUAUAUUCUAGAUUCAUUACACAUAAAGUGAAAUAUUUCAAGCCUUUUUUUGUUUGUUUUAAUCUUGAUGAUUACAGCUUACAGCUCAUAGAAAUCAAAAAUCCAGCAUCUCAAAAUAUUAGAAUAAAGAAUUUAUAAUACAGAAAUGUCGACCCGAGAAGAGCUCUAAUCAGCUAAUUAACUCAAAACACCUGCAAAGGUUUCCUGAGCCUUUAAUCUCUCAGUCUGGUUCAGUACAAACAAACACAAUCAAUUUUCAGAUGAAAGUAAAUUUUGCAUUUCAUUUGGAAAUCAAGGUCCCAGAGUCUGGAGGAAGAGUGGAGAGGCACAGAAGUUGCUUGAAGACCAUUGGGAAGUUUCCACAGUCUGUGAUGAUUUGGGGUGACUUGUCAUCUGCUGGUAUUGGUCCACUGGGUUUUCUCAAGUCGAGAGUCAAUGUAUUAUAAGGUUCACAUUUCUGUAUUAUAAAUUCUUUAUUCUAAUAUUUUGAGAUACUGGAUUUUUGAUUUCCAUGAGCUGUAAGCCUUAAUCAUCAAGAUUAAAACAAAAAAAAAGUAUUGAAAUAUUUCACUUUGUGUGUAAUGAAUCUAGAAUAUGUGAAAGUUCCACUUUUUCAAUUAAAUUACAGGAAAAAAUGACUUUUCCACGAUAUUCUAAAUUUUUUAGAUGCACUGAUUGGUCAGAAACUGUGCAUUAUUUUUUUUGCAUAAAAGCAGCGCUCGGACAGUAGUUCUUGCUGUAACAUGAACGACAGGUUUAUAUUGAUGUGCUCAUUCUAAUACUUUAUUGUUUCUAUAGGAACAAUCAUGCUCAUUCUCAGCAAUUUGUAUGGCAGACACUCCAAAACAUCUCAAAUGAAUACACUAAAGAGAUUUUGUCCAAAUGUGUUGGUGUUUAACAAAUAAAAUCCUACAAUCGUU